ACUUUUAUUCCUUCCGCUCCACCUCUCUCUCUUAACUGCGACGCUUUGAAGCUCAGAAUAAUCGGAAAAUGUCGGAUGCUGCAAAAGGAGAAGAAUUCGAGAAGAAAGCUGAGAAGAAACUUAAUGGCUGGAACCUCUUUGGUAGUUCUAAGUUCGAAGACGCCGCUGAGUUGUACGAGAAGGCUGCUUCUUCCUACAAACUCGCUAAAUCAUGGGAUAAACCUGGAGCUGCCUACAUCAAUGUAGCUGAUUGUCAUUUGAAGUCAGGAAGCAAGCAUGAAGCUGCUUCAGGCUAUGUCGAUGCUGCAAAAUGUUACAAUAAAACCUCCCCCAAAGGUUAUUUUGCUCUUUACGCAUAA